GCUAUAGGCGACUUAAACAUAAAUAACGCUUUAAAAAAAAUCAAAAGAUAAUAAUCACACGCACAGGCUAGGUAAACUAUUUGGUAGUCACAACAAUAAUGAACCGAAAUUACCGACCUGUGGUCUCAUUGAAUAAAAUUCAUAUAGGUAUGUAGAUAUUAUCAGAAAUCAGAAAUCGUUUAUUGCGAGCCAUGGUACAUAGUUAUUACAUUUAAAUUAUAGAAACACAUUGCACCCUGAAAAGGGUAAAUAUUGCAAGUAUUUUUAUAGCUAGCUAGGACUAAAGAAGUUAUUAAAUGUCACAGUUAGUUCAACAAGCCCCGUCCGAUACAUAAAUUUGCAUAGAAAAUGAUUUUUUUCCUUCCUACUGUAUGUUUUUUCGAACGAAUUCAGCUCUUUUGAUCCUAAUAUAUAGGAAUAAAAAUAUUUAUAACUUGAUAAUAAACUGUUUUGUUACCUUUUAUAUUCAUAAUAUAGAUAUCAUUAUCUCUUAGGACGAAAGAUGCCUGUGAUUUUGAUUAUUAUGUAACAUAAUAUUUUUUUAUUUGUGAAUUGUUAAUUUUAAAACCUCACCCCAGCAAAAACAAAAAUGAAAAAAAUACAAAAAGGAAUUCCGUCGCCGGGAUUCGAACCCAGAGCCACUAGCUAGAACUGGAUCACUACCUACCAAAACCCGCCAGGCUAAACCGGUUGUCAAUUUAAGUACUGAGAUACAAAGAGAGCGCCACUAGUAUAAACGAACUUUUGAAAGGGACAUUUUUUUGUAUGGAGUUAGCGUUCUUCUCCUAGUGAGUAUUAUAUUCUUUGCUCACUACGCUAUUAUACUUACUAAAUCAACGCAACGUACGCCUUGUGCUGGAACAAAUUUUCGACCGAAUUUUUUUGUAACCGCUAUGUUUGCACCGAUUUUUUUAGUGAGUCAAACAGCUUGUCACUGACAGCACGUCAUGUCAGUAUUUAAUCUGUCAAAAAUUGAGUCAAUAUUCCGAUUGCAAUGCAAUCACUGUUAAAUUUCUAAUCAGAUCAUAAUCAGUUUACGCUGUGUUAAGUUGACCGUGGAUAAUAGUGUAUUUGAUGUAGAAAAAGGGGCGGAUGGGUUUAGCGUGGCCUUAACUUAGGACUGAACGCGCACCAUGGCUAUGUCCAAAGGAUUUAAAGUGUUGGAAAAGUCGUGCUCACCAAAUCCCUACAGUAUAAUCCUACAACACAGAAACAAAGAUACUGCUUUAUUGUUUGAAUCUCAAGCUGUGGUCUCACUUUCACCUCAGGAGACUGACACUUUUCGAAAACAGUUUCACAAAAUCGCUGACGCUUACGCCUGCCUAGGCGUUCUGCAGCUUAAUUCCGGGGAAACGUGUCUGCUCUACCUAGUGCUGGUGACCGGCUGCUGCUCCGUGGGUAAGGUGGGCGAUGUCGAAGUCUUCAAAAUUACCCAAACGCAAUUCUUACCUCUCUUUUAUCAGACUAAUGAUGACAAAGUCUCAGAAGUAAAGAAAUUACUCAAUUCUGGAACUUUCUAUUUUUCUUGGAAUACGGGAAAAUCAAACGAUAAUCUCUUUGAUCUCACACUCUGUGCACAACGCAAAAGCAAAGGAGCUAAUCCUGAUAACAGAUUCUUUUGGAACAGAACUCUCUUUAUACAUUUGAUUAGAUAUGGUAUUGAUUGUGAAGAUUGGCUCACAAGAGCUAUGUGUGGGUCGGUGGAAAUAAGAACCAUCUAUGUGGGGCACCGUCAAGCCAGAGCGGUGUUAGUGUCCCGUCUGAGCUGUGAAAGAGCUGGGACUCGUUUCAAUGUCAGAGGAUGCAAUGAUGAUGGCAAUGUUGCCAAUUUUGUUGAAACUGAACAAUCAAUUUACAUAGAUGAUUCCGUGGCAUCUUACAUUCAGACUAGAGGAUCGGUUCCUCUGUUUUGGGAGCAGCCGGGAGUACAAGUUGGAUCUCAUAAAGUUAAGAUGUCUAGAGGCUAUGAUGCCUCUACAAGUGCUUGCGAUCGACACUUCUCUGCAAUGAAGCGUAAUUAUGGGUCCGUGAUUGUUGCAAAUCUUUUAGGAUCAAGUUUGAUUGGAGGAAGCGAAGGUGAAGCCACUUUGAGCAAUGCUUUCCAGAAACACCUUAAUGAGUCUGCUCAUGCGGAUAUUGUUCAGAUAAUCUUUGAUUACCAUCAAGAAGUCAGAGCUUCAUCUAUUGAAGGGGCUUUAGGGAGAUUCAAAAAGAUAAUAGAGAAAUAUUAUGAUGAAAUGGGGAUUUUCAGUGCCAAAAGUGUUGACAUUUACAAUGUCCAGAAAGGUGUUAUCCGAACAAACUGCCUUGAUUGCUUGGACAGAACAAAUUCUAUUCAGACGUUCAUUGGGCUAGAAAUGCUCAACAUACAGCUUAUGCUUCUUCAAUGUGUUGACAAGAAACAGAAUGUGAACAGAUUUGAGGAAGUUUUUACAAUGUGGGUGAACAAUGGCAAUGAAAUAUCAAAAAUUUAUGCAGGCACUGGGGCUAUCCAAGGCGGCUCCAAAUUGAUAGACGGAGCUCGCUCUGCAGCACGCACCAUACAGAAUAACUUAUUAGAUAAUUCCAAACAAGAAGCUAUUGAUAUUUUGCUUCUAGGCUCUACAUUAAACUCUGAACUUGCUGAUCGUACAAGGAUCCUCUUACCAGCUAAUCUACUGCACACAUCCACUCCGGUGCUGAGAGAAAUGUGCCGCAGAGUUAACGAGUACACAACACCGUCUUCUAUAAGGAUUACAAUCGGCACAUACAAUGUUAAUGGUGGUAAACACUUUAGAAGUCUCGCCUAUAAAGAUGUUAGUUUGGCCGACUGGUUGCUAGAUUGCCCGAACAAUUCAUUAGUGAACACGGUACAAGGCAAGGACCAUCCUUCUGAUAUAUUUGCGAUUGGCUUUGAAGAAAUCGUCGACCUUAACGCCAGCAACAUUAUGGCCGCUAGUUCUGACAAUGCAAAGGCGUGGAGUGAAGAGCUAGAAAAAGUUUUAUGCAGAGAUGCACCCUACACCCUUCUCUCCUCUCAUCAAUUAGUAGGGUUGUGUUUAUUCGUAUUUGCUAGAAAAGAUUUAAUUCCUCACAUCCGAGAUGUGGCCCUCGAUUCUGUCAAGACAGGUCUCGGCGGCGCCACUGGUAACAAAGGGGCAGUUGCUAUCAGACUAGUCAUUUACGGAACCUCUCUCUGUUUCGUCUGCGCCCAUUUCGCUGCCGGCCAGUCUCAAGUAACCGAAAGAAACGCCGACUACACAGAAAUCACGAGAAAAGUAGCUUUCCCAAUGGGCCGAUCCCUAUACUCGCACGACUACGUGUUCUGGUGCGGCGAUUUCAACUACCGUAUUGAUCUGGACAAAGAUGAAGUGCGAUUACUAGUGUCACAGAAUAAUAUGCAACGGCUUUUAGAGCAAGACCAACUAACGAGACAGAAAGCUCAAGAUCUCGUGUUUAAAAACUGCUUUGAAGGUGAUAUUACCUUCCCUCCGACCUACAAGUAUGAUCUCUUCAGCGAUGAUUACGACACUAGUGAAAAAUGCCGUGCCCCAGCCUGGACGGACCGCGUUUUAUGGCGAAGCCGGAAACACACUAUCGACCCGGAAGGGACUUCGGAAUUAGCCGCCGGGAAGUUACUCCACUACGGCCGAGCGGAACUGAAACAAAGCGAUCAUCGGCCUGUCAUAGCGAUUCUUGAAGUUGAAGUCCUUCAAGUCAGCUACACGAAAUGCAUGGAGGUGUUUUACGAAGUGGUCAAUGAUCUGGGACCUCCGGACGCGACAAUCGUAGUGCAACCUUGCGAUGCCAACAGUGAAUCUGUAUUUGAUGAUAAUUUGGUAGCUGCAGUUUUGCAAGAGCUCGCCACUAUAGGCGAGGUGACUCUCGUGAGGAUCGUUGAGGAUCAUUCGACUUCGUUGAUAAUUACGUUCCGGGAUGGACAGAACGCUCUAGCUGCCGCGCAGAAGGAAUAUCUGACCGUUUGCUCGGUUCCUUUGCGCAUCACAUUGAAAUCUCCGAAUUGGGUGGAGGUCGUCAAGUCAGAGUUGAAUCUUUGUACGAAUAAUACGACUCCGCUGUUCGGUGAGGCUCAAGCAGAGCGGCCGUUGAGGUCCGCGCCGCCGACGCCGCGCCGGCAGCAGCCGAGCAGGCCGCCGGCGCCGUCGCCUACGCCGCUGGUGCCGUCACGCGCGCCCGCCGCUGCGGCGAGUCCCGCUCGUCCGCCGCCUCCGCGGCCCGCGCCGAUGGCGCCCGCUAUGGACAAUGGUAAGCCUGCGCCGCCGCCGAUGGCCUCGCCGCCUCCGAUCUCCUCGCCGCCUCCGAUCUCCUCGCCGCCGCCGAUCUGCUCGCCGCCGGCGGACAGCGGACCGCCGCCGUCGUGCUCGCCGCCCCCGCCUCCGCCGGCAGCCGGCCCGCCCCCACCGGUGCCGGCGCGGCAGGGCGCUCCGCCACCCUUACCCGCUCGCCCGCGACCGGCUUCGUAAAUUGCAUUUACAUAUUUCUAGAAUUUGUAAUAACUCGAACAAAUCAUGUACACGGGUAAGUGUUCCAUAGCUACAUACGUUCCUUUUGUUUGCUUAUUUUUUAUUGAAGUUAUUUAUUGCAUUAGAUUACGUAGUAGGUGUCCACUUUGUUAAAAAAUAUAUCAGCUGUAGGUUAGUUAAUGUAGGUCGUGGAAGCUUGAAGCAUUUCGAGUUUUAUUGAGCAUUCUGUACAUGACUUGUUAAGUAGUGCAUUAUGUGUUUAGUAAAUCCCGGGCUGAUGACGUAGGCACGAAGCCACUUAUUUAUUACUAGUCCGGAUUUUCAUCACAUAAACUAUACAUAUACAUACCUACAUAUUAUACGUUUAUUGUUAUAAAUUGUUACAGUUAUAAGAGAUUCUUUUACGACAGGUUCAGUAUAAGUGGUCUCAUCACAUUGAAGCAUAUUUAGGAAAUAUUUAUAUUUAAGCAUAAGUGUAUUCAAUCGUGGACAUUUGGGAUAAAAAUAUACACAUAAUAUUAAUGUAUAGGACCACUAUAUCUCAAUUAAUUUGCUGGCUGCUUAAUUGCUGUUAUUUCUAAGUAUAAUGUUCUUGGAGAUAAAAAGAGGAACUUUAUAGCGGCUUUUUGAUUCUUAUGAAAAAUACUUGUUUUUCAUGAAAUGUUAUGUGUACGUACUAUUUAUGCUGGUCAACCACCACAACUGCGUCCUUGUAUGGGGUAAAUGCGGAUAAGGUUAGAUACAGUGAAACAUGUGGACGCAUUUAGCCCACUUCACUGUCUAAAGAGGUACUUGACUUUGAUGACUUCCUUAAUAUUCGUAGGUAUUUGCCCCACGGACGCGAUCGAUGGCCCUUAUGGUUGAUUUGUAUAAAACGUGUGCAAACUGCAAUUUAAUGUUUCAAUUUAACAUCAUGAAAUGUCUACACGUGUGUAAAGUGAGUUGUUUACUUAAUAUGAGCUUUCUACCAACCAACCCAAAAUUGGUUGACAAUUUACAACGAUAUUAAACAGGGAUACCUGCUUCCUUUGGUUCCAAUAGACGUUGAAAGUGAAAAUUGUACAUGAUUUUGGCGUCUACGUCUGUCUGGACCUGUCCCGGGCAAGUGUCCCAUAUUCUCCUUAUGUAUCAAGUACCUAAUUAUACAUUACAGGCAUAUGAGUAUCGCUCGAAAUCUCACCCAGUUGUAUAUAAUCUUUAAAGGAAUUUGUUGUCACUGAAAUUUGGGUCCAACAACAUAAUACAUUAUUGUGUUAUAUUACUGAGUUUUGUUGGGUAGUUUGUAGAUAAUUCAUAUGUUUGAUGUCAGUAGUAUGAAAUAUAUAACGAAUAAUGUUUAUAGGGUUAGACCAAGCUAAGUUAACUGGUUUUAUCCAAGAAAAUCCGAUUUUUAUCUUGUUGUCAUUUAUUUUCGUCAAAAUCGAUACAAUUUUUCCCUAUUCUGUACAAUAUAUAUAGCUCAAUUAAAUUUUAAUUAGUUUUUGGCAAAAAAAAAAACAUUUUUGGUACAAGCAUUUAUCGCUGACUAUACUUUUCUUACCAUAAGCAAAUAAUACUCAUUGAGACAUUUCUAAAAACAAUUACGUUGCGUUGUUUCAUCAGUCAUUACAUUGUUCCUAUGGCCACCUCCUGUCUCCAUCAUCAGAUCGGCUUGAUGGUACCAUAAUAUUGCAAUAUCACCCGACUUACAUAUGAUGCAUGCAAAUUUUCAGCUCAAUCGGAAAACGGGUAGUGGCUUAAAUUUUGCUUCCAAGACUUGACCCACACUAACUAACAAACAUACGUACUAAUCGGUCAAGUUAAAUAUUACCUUAAGUCUGCCAUUUGUACACCUUUAUUUUGUGUAAUAGUUUAAAUAAAUAAAAAGUAUAGAUUUUUUAUAACUUAACUGAAAAUUAGACAUUGUUUGCCCCAAAUUGGAAUUUUGAAUUUUUUCCGCUUCGAAUGAGCUCUUCAAACUUACCGUACUAUCAAAAUAUGACAAAAAAAAGCGACUACAAAAUAAAAAUCUACCUAAUUAUUGCGCAUUGGCAAUGAGCAAAGGUCGGAAUAGGUAAUUCAUAUACGUGGAUGCAUUAAAGCCAAUUUAUUCGAUGAUUUCAUUUAUUCUAUUUUAAACGAUCUCGGUUUCUCUUGCGAUAUGUAGGAAUGAUAAAUUAUAUCGAUAAUAAGAUUAAUAAGCAUGAACCAGAUGUACCUUUACUUCAUAUAAUGUAUGGUUAAUAUUAGUUUAUUUCUAUGUAGAUACAUAAAUAAUUCUUAAAUGGGUUAAGAAUAUUUUUAAGUUCCAGAAGUCGUUUUGCCAUCUAAUUUGCAUAAGUAGAUACCUAUAAGAAUCUACGGAAUAUUCCAAAUACCUACCUCCCAGUAGGUACUUACUAUUCUUUGGUGCAUCUAUGAGUUGUAUGAAUCGCACUCACACAGAAAUUUCCAAUUUUCAGAAAAUUCUCAUAUUUUGGACGGCGAUCGAAAUUGUCUAUUUCCAAAAUUAAAGUUUCCGUUAUUUCCUAUCAUUCCUGUGAAAUUCUCUCUCUAGUGUAGCGUAUCUAAUUAUAAUAUUACACUGCUACUUAGAUCCAGUCGUCAGAUUUAUAGAGACAAUGGAGGAGAAGUCUAACUUAUUAGGUACAAAAUUAAGUAAGGUCAAUGUGGCGAAGAUCGGAAGAAGGGAAGAUCGUCUACAAGUUCUUUCGUCGCUUUUAACUUCGCACUAAGAAGGUCGGUAGAGCAGAAGGAAUUUGACUGUUUCUGCGGGACGUACACCGUAUACAUGCAUUUACAUAUACAAGAUCAGUUAUCCCUAUGGCGGUCUUCCCAGCAUUAAAUUUAAUAUUUCGGUCUUCGCCACACAUAUUGACCUUAUUAACAUAUUUUCUAUUAUAAUGAAAAUGUUUUUAAAUUAAUACGUGUUUAAAGAAGUGCAUCGAAAUUUACCUGUGAGAUAAAUUUAGUUUUUAAAUUUUAGGAAUCCCGAAAACCUACGACGGCAUACUUAAGUUAAGUUUCGGUUGAAUACAACAUGCGAGAGAGGAUUAGCAAUUAUAUGAAAUAUGAAUGAGGCUAGGCUACUGGCUUGAAGUUAAAAUGUAAGUUAAACAUUCGGUUUUGCAACUAAUAAUAAGGCAAGUACCUAAACUGAAAUAUUCCAUUUCAUGCCUACAUAGUUUUUUUAAUAUAGGGAAGUACUUUACAAAUGAUUAUUAUACAGUAAUAUGUUGUAUUAUGAAAUACCAAAUGAUUAUGAGUUAGCUAGACCGUCAUGCUGUCGCCUGUUAUUUACGUAAAGAAGCACAUUUUUAUGCUAAACUACUAGAUUAUUUCCAUCCAGUAGGUAUUAAUGCCCAUGCGGUGGGUAUGUCGCCGGGCACUUUUUUGUAGAGAGGCCGUCCAGUUUUCCUACAAACUGUGCCCGGUGACCGUGUCAGUGGCAGAUUUACAGUCUUGGCCGCCCUAGGUCCAGUAGUAAGCCGCCCCUUUCUCAGCAUCCAUCAUAUAGACUGCCGCCCCAAACUUCUGGCCGCCCUAGGCCUGGGCUCACUGGGCCUUAGGGCAAAUCUGCCACUAGACCGUGCGUGCGUUAAACCUAUUUUAAGAUGCUUAGCAUGAAUGGCUCUUUACCAGUUUUAAUGUACUGUAUCGUUACUUUACCUGCAGAUUAUGGAGAACAGAGUCAGACCAAGCUAAGUUGGCAGCGAUUUUGAUAGCCCAGCCUAUGCAGGUAUUAAGUAAAGUUUAAAAUAAAACGUACACUGUCUGGGCUGUCAAAAUCGCUCCCAACUUGCUGUCUCUACUGAAAUAUAACUUCUAUGUUUCUGAAUGAAAAGAGUUCCUAGCUAGAUGGUGUAGGUGCAGCAAAAUUUAAUUUUAGCAAUUAUUUUAUAAGUGAGUCAUGACAUUGUGAAAUAAUUUUAAAUUAUUUUUUUAUGGUUUUUUGUUUAAGGAGCAUUGAGAUGAUUUUCGAGACAGGGUACAAUUCAAUAGAUCUCAAUAGAUGAUCGCAAUAAAGUAUCCUCUUGACUAUAGAAGCACUUUAUAACAAUUAUAACUUAUAACUCACUUCGAAAUUAUCCCUUAUCCGAAGUUAUCCCAAGUUAUUGGCUGAAUCGCUUGAAGUACCUUCCUGUCGUAAGUGAUAAUGAGAAAGAGAAUCUACUUAUCGUCGGUAAGUCACAAACCUCAUAUCUCCUCUGAACGGAGUUAAAAGGUUUGAACUUUAAGCAUUAUCGUAUAAGAUAUCGCAAUUAUCGCAUAUUCCUUAGAACUUUGAAAGGGAGUUAUUUAAUCUUCUAAUCGACGUUAUGUAAUUUAUGUACGGUGAGCUGCAGAGAUAACUGACCCCUCUGCAUGAAAAUUAGUUUGAAGAACGUCCGCACUGUUAACUGAAUAUUUGUAAGCAUUUUUGCAAAGAUAUAAGGUCCAGAGAUGAUCAGGGGCCCUAGCCAAUAUGACAAUCUUUGAUAGAAAACAAAAAACGAAGCUCAAAUAAUGUACUUAAAUAGUUACGUGACUUUUCGUAGUAUCUGUCAACCCGGUAAAUUUUUUCGUUUCGUUGACGUUUGUUAAUGUACGAUUGUAAUAUUGGCUAGGCCCCCUGUUUAUUAAGAGUGUUACUGUUUUGUAGGUGUUUUAGUUUUAGGCUGUUCGCUAGGCUCUCAAGAGACGAAAUAUACAGUUGUAUAUCAAAGAUCUAUUUCUGUAUUGUUUUAUAAAUCUUAUUAUUUUUUUACUUUUAUAUUUUAUUUUAUUUAUAAUAUCAUAUCACUACUUAAAUUUCAUGAUACGUUUAAAACAAGCGAAAAUGCAUUUGUUAUAGAAAAUAAGCUUGUUGUAAUAUUUUAAUCCAGUGAGGUGUAAGGUGUAAUGUAAUGCAAAUCAUGAUUAUGUAUCUUUGUUUUGCUGACUGUAUAUGUCCGUGGUUACAUUUUUACUGGCGAGGCAUCCGAUUUCCAAUAUUCCCAUUGGCUUGCCAAAUUGUUGACUAUAGAGACCAGUAUUAAAUAAUAUUUCCAUAUAUUUUAUAUUCUAUGUUAAUCGGAAUAUAUUUCUUGGGUAGUUCACUAGAUUGUAUUGUGCACUUAACUGGUUUUACAUCCUGUUUAGCUGUGUGCAUUUGUGCAAUAAUGAGGAGUGCAACAUAUGGAUAUUAGAAGUCUGUACAGUUUACUAGUCUCUUCUACGAUAUAGCAAUGGUUAUUGGUUAUUUUGCGAUGCAUCACAAAUACAUUCAUUAUCAUUAUGUAAGAUGCAUUGGGUUUACUUCGAAAGCGCGAUAAAUUUGAAAAUGGCAAUUGGGCCAAAAAUCUUUUCGUUGUCUUACUUUUUGUCCCCAAAAAAUGUAACAGAGUUGAGAUUUUUGUGAGAUGAAAUUUUGUUUUUAAUUUUUCUCAUGUAAUUUAAUGUACAGCUAGAAAGACAUAAAAUAGCAGUCGACUUUUUUUUAUUUAUUUCAUAGAAGACAUAGAUACAAGCGUGACAGAGUGGUCAGAAAAGACAACGAAAAAAAUGUUGACCCAAAUAUCUACUAUACCUACUAGAACUUUCUACUGUAGCAAAGUAUGCAAGAUGCGUUGGUAAGCGUCGUAGUAGCGUGUUGCUAAAGAAUGUAGAGGUUCAGGUUUUAUAGAUAUUUUCCAUUUUCAAAAUUAUCCUGCGUCCGAUGUUACCCCAAUGCACCUUAUAGUAUUUCUUAUGAAUAGUGACAACACACGAAUGUAAAUCAUAGACUGUUUAAUUAUUGAGUGCUUUAUGAAUUGUUAAGUGUUUAACGAACUCUGCAUUCUCUGCAAUAUAGCUGGCAUCUGUGUUAUGUUACAUGUAUAUUAUGUGAAAUAUAGAAUUGUUCAAGCAUU